GUCAAAGCUUUUAGUCAGACUCCGUCGGCGACUCGGAGGCCCAUCGCUCUGCCACCGCCUCCCCGCCACCGCCGCAAUUAAGCUGAUUUAAAUUAUCCGAACUGCAGCUUUGUCCGUUCAAACUAGUAUUACUACACAGUCCGGACUUCUUUUUUCUCAUCGAGGCAACUCCUCCUUCAAUUCAGCCCGUUGGCAACCUCAGCAUUUACAGGUAGAAGGUGUUAUGGUGGGAGUAAUACAAAAAUUUGUUAUUGCGUCUAUGUUUAUGUGGGCCGCUCCUGUUGCUAUUUUAUAUGGUUUCAACCAUAAUUUCUUUCCUGGUUCUACUCAAUUGUCUCCUUAUUCUGUUACAUUGUUGAGCGGCUUCCUAGCUGUCAUAUCUGUGAACAUGGUUAUCGCAUUCUACAUUUAUAUGGCAAUGAAGGAACCAUCAUAUAAGCACGAGCCCGAUCCUAGAUUCCUUGCAGAGGCCAAGGCUAGUAUUCAGCACUCUGAAUCAACUGAACUUGAGGAUUCAUCAAGUACACGGACGAAACAAGAGUAGCUCUAUCUGGUUGCAGUCUCUCAGCUGCUGGAUUGUAUUAAAAAGAAAAUGUGCCAGCACAAUGACUUGUUAAUUGAGAAAAUGUGCCAGUACAUUGACAUACUAAUUGCGUGCUAAUGCGACAAAUUAAUUUUCCCUAGUCAUGGUUCUGUUAUAGUGCUGGAAAUAGUGUUGGCAAAUUUCGCCAGGUAACAACGGUAGAACUGGAAUACACUGUAAUUUUAGAGGGCUGGUAGUCCAGCUACAUUGAUUCAUCUUCUUCACGGUAUUGUCUUAGUUAUUGUCA